UCGUUAAAGUCAUGCAAUGAGGUUGGUGUCCUUGAUUUAUGACUUCAAUGGCGGUCUAUAAUAGUACUGCCAUUUCCACACUUUCCUUUUCAUCUGCAAUGGAGUUUUUAGGUGCAUCAAUUUCUUCCUCUGCUCCCAAAUUCUAUUCUUCACUUCGCACUCAAUCAAUUACCAGUGGAUCAACAUAAAUCUCGCCCAAAACCCCUCUUAAGCUCUAUCUUUUCGCAAAUUUCCCUAGAAAACAGCACAAGACUUACAGCGGAAAGAUUAGUGGAGUUCGUCUUCAGCAUUUACGGCUGUCUACGAUUCUGGUAUUGGGCAAUCAUGAUCAUGCACCUGAUGAACCUCCACCUUCUAAUUCAAACGGGAAUAAGAAGCUAAUUGUUAUUGCUUGUUCUACAGUUACUGUAGCGCUAGCCAUUGCGAAUCGCGUGCUUUAUAAACUUGCCCUAGUUCCCUUGAAGGAGUACCCGUUCUUUCUAGCUCAACUAACCACUUUUGGUCACGGCAUUUGCAUGAAAUAAGAUUCCAGAAUUUUCCCUCACAUUCUAAUAUGGUAUCAGAGCAAACCCUCCCUGUGCUCACCCUUCGUUCAUCCCCCUUCCUGUUCGUUAUUUCUCUUUGCAAUGGAGUCAGCACAAUCUGAUUAAACAUCUGAAUCACGUUCAUCCACGAGCAAAUCAGCCAUUGAUGAACCGUCAAGUCCGUAUUUUCUGCAUCAUUCGGACAGUCCAGGCUUUUACUGGUUUCUCAGCCACUUACAGGAUGUAGUCAUGCCAUGAUGAUCGCCCCUUCGGUGAAGAACAAACUGCCAUUCAUUGAUGGAUCAUUGAAGAAAUCGGAGGAUACGAAUCCUGACUUGAUUAUUUCGUAUAACAACAUGGUGAUGUCGUGGAUCCUCAACUCAAUUUCGAAGGACAUUUCAGCAAGUGUUAUAUAUGCAUCCACUGCUCACGAGAUCUGGAAUGACCUGAAGGAGAGAUUUUAGCAGAGCAAUGGGUCAAGGAUCUUCCAAUUGAAGAAAGAUCUGAUGAAUUUGACUCAAGAUCAAAACAAUGUAAGCAUUUACUUCACCAAACUGAAGACUGUAUGGGAAGAGUUGAGCUAUUUUCGACCAAAGGAAAGUGCACAUGUGGCGGUGUAAAGAAAUUGAAUGAAUACUAUCAGAUGGAGCACAUCACGUCCUUCCUUAUGGGGCUGGAUGACACCUUCUCUCAGGCUCGUGGUUAGAUCCUUCUCAUGGAUCCCAUACCACCGAUCAAUAAGGUAUUUGCACUGAUUUCACAGGAGGAAAAUCAGAAAAGGCUGAAUACACAAUCCAAUGGGAAUGAUGCAUAUGGUGCUGUUGCAUUUGCCUUAAAAUCUGACAAUGUAAGGGCAGUAUCUAAUCAUAGAAUUGGUGCCCAUGGAAAUCUCAAGAAGAAGGAGAGGCCUUAUUGCACUCAUUGCAAAUUCCAUGGACAUUCGAUGGACAAGUGUUACAAAAUCCAUGGGUAUCCACCAGGAUACAAGCCAAGGCCGAAGGACAAUUUCCAAGGCUACUCCACCUCCAAUCCAGUGAAUCAGAUUUCACUUAACACUCAGAUGAAUCAGCAUUCUGGUAUGGAGAGUUUUAUGCAAAAUCUGAAUCCUGAGCAGUAUCAACAGCUAAUGAGUGUGCUAUCCAACAAUCUGACUUCAAGCUCCAUUGUUACUGCAACUGAUCAUGAUAAGCACACCACCUCAUGUGCUGCCUCAGGUACAUGUCAUUCUAUGUCAAUGACUCCCAUCUUUACUGAUAAAAGCAUUUGGAUUGUUGAUUCGGGGGCUACUAAACAUGUUUGUUCUAUUGCUGAUGCGUUUUUUAUCUUAAGACCAAUCAAUGAUGCAAGUAUUAUUUUGCCAAACCACACACGUAUAUUGGUGAUGUCAGGUUGAGCAAUGCUUUGGUGCUGCGUGAUGUCUUAACUGUUGAAUCUCAGCUCAUCCUGAAUUUCUUUCCUGAUUACUUCAUUAUUCAGGAAGCUUCAACCAAGAAGACGAUUGGCAAGGGUGAUAAACUUCAAGAGUUAUACGUAUUUGACACUAGAAAUCUUAACUCCUUUUCACAUGUUUUUGUUGGUAAUGUGUCUGCACACAUAUGGCACAAUCGUCUUGCUCAUUUGUCUUUCAAACGAUUAGAUAUCUUGAAAAAUCAAGUAGCUUGUGAUAUGUCAAAAUUGAAUAAACAUCUUCCAUGUUAUGUGUGUCCCAUUGCUAAGCAAACAAGAUAAUCUUUUGAAUCCAAUAACAGACUUUCUAGCAAGCCAUUUGAUUUGUUGCAUUGUGAUACAUGGCGGGCCAUACCAUAUUCAAUCACCCUCGGGAUAUAAAUAUUUUUUGACUCUAGUUGAUGAUUGUUCAAGAUUUACUUGGAUAUGUUUACUACGCCAGAAAUAUGAUGCUAAAAAUGCUAUAUAUCGAUUCUUUAAUAUGUUCACCACUCAAUUCAAUGCCAAAAUAAAAGGCUUUAGAUUAGAUAAUGCAUAUGAGAUGUCCUUUACUGAUUUUUUUGCUGAAAAGGGGGUUUUACAUCAAUUUAGUUGUGUGGAGAGACCACAGCAAAACUCGGUUGUAGAACGAAAGCAUCAACAUUUGCUGAAUGUGGCUCGUUCUCUGUUUUUCCAAUCCAGAAUUCCUGUCUCUUUUUGGUCUGAAUGUGUGUUGACAGCGGCAUAUCUCAUCAACAGAACUCCAGCCCCCAUCUUAUAGCAUAAAACACCGUAUGAGGUUCUAUAUGGCAGUCCAGCUACUUAUUCUCAUCUUCGAGUAUUUGGCUGUCUAAGUUUUGCCUCCACAUUAGCUGCUCACAGAGAUAAAUUCCAACCUCGAGCUAGGCUGUGUGUAUAAAUAGGCUAUCCAGCUGGUGUUAAGGGAUAUAAACUUCUUGAUGUAGUAUCAAAACAAAUCUUAAUCUCGAGAGAUGUUUUUCACGAAGAGAUCUUCCCUUUUCACACCGUUGUAGAGGCUGAUCAAAUACUUGAUCCAUUCCCCGAUCUAGUCCUAUUUUCACUUGCAAUAUCUUCCCCAGUUGACAACAUCAGUUCCCAGCUGCAGAGUGUUCUCAAUGACGCUAAUACACAUACUGCUCCUGAUUCUUCUGAAGCACUCCUUGAGCCCCCUUUGCCUACCCUCUCACCAGCUACAGCCACAUGUCAUGAUCUUAGGAAAUCCACAAGAAUGUCCAAACCUCCCAAAUACCUUCUUCACUACCAUUGCAAUUUGAUGUCACAUUGUGCUCAGCCUACUCAUCUCCCACCACUUCACAUUGGCUGUUUCCUUUCAUAUGAUCAUUUGUGUGAUCCUCACAAAAAUCUGAUCCUUAACAUCAUACCUCACCUUGAACCUCAAUAUUUUCAUUAGACUGUCAAGUUCCCUCAUUGGCGUGAUGCCAUGAAGCUUGAAUUGGAGGCUUUAGAAACCAAUCAUACCUGGCCCCUUGUACCCCUACCACUUGGGAAACACAGUGUUGGAUGCCGGUGGAUUUAUAAGAGCAAGUUUAAAUCAGAUGCUUCCCUUGAAAGACACAAGGUACGCCUCGUUGCAAAAGGCUAUACACAACAAAAGGGGUUGGAUUACUUUAACUCUUUUUCACCAGUGGCCAAGAGUGUUACUGUUAAAGUUAUUCUGGCUCUUGCAGCUCAAUAUAGAUGGCACUUGGCUCAGCUAGACAUCAAUAAUGCCUUAUUGAAUGGUGAUUUGUUUGAAGAAGUAUACAUGGACCUUUCCUUGGGUUAUGAUCUCCUCAGGCCACACAAUCAUGGGGAGAAAUUGGUUUGUAAGCUUCACAAGUCCUUGGAUGGACUUAAACAAGCUUCUUGACAGUGGAACUCUAAAUUCACCCAUGCGCUUGUAAGACAUGGUUUCCAUCAGUCUAAAGUUGAUUAUUCUCUCUUUACUAGAGGGUUAGGAGACAGCUUUGUGGCUGCCUUGUAUAUGUGGAUGACAUCGUGUUAACAGGGCCUAACUUACAAGUUCUUGAAUCAGUCAAAGCCUUUCUUACAAUCCCAGUUCAAGCUUAAAGAUCAGGAAUGUCUGAAAUAUUUCCUGGGUAUUGAGAUUGCCUGUUCCUCUUCAGGGAUUGUCAUUUCCUAGAGGCAAUAUACCUUGCAGUUGCUUGAAGAAGCAGGAUACUUGGACUGCAAGCCAGCGAACGGCAAGCCUUAGCAUCCAUGAUGGUGAUCUCCUUCCAAAUGCUUCCCAUUAUAGAAGACUAAUUGGUAAGCUUAUUUACCUGACCUUAUCUAGGCCUGAUAUUGCAUUUGCGGUACAUAAAUUGAGUCAAUUUAUGUCCAAACUAAGGCUGCCGCAUCUCAAAGUUGUCUGCCAUCUCCUGCGGUGCUUGAAAGGUAGUCCUGGACCAGGUCUUCUCUUUCCAUCUCAAAAAUCUCGUGGCUCAUCCUUCAACAUUUGAACCUUCUCUGAUGUUGAUUGGGGGUCGUGUGUUGACACUUGUAAAUCAACUAUUGGUUUUUGUAUCUUUGUUGGAGACUCUAUGGUCUCUUGGAAAUCUAAGAGGCAGCCAACCAUUUCUCGAUCUUCAGCUGAAGCGGAAUACAGGGCUCUGGCAUCCACUAUCAGUGAGCUUCUUUGGAUUACACAGCUUUUAAAAGAUCUCCAUGCCCCGGUCGCAACUCCUGUAAUUCUUUAUUGUGAUAAUCAUAUUGCCAUCCAAAUUGCAACCAAUCCCAUUUUUUACGAGCGUACCACACGCAUUGAAACUGACUCUCUUUUUGUUCGUGACAAAGUCUCAGCUGGGGUGGUCAAACUUCUCCCUAAUAGAUCCAAACAUCAACUUGUAGACAUAUUCACCAGGCUCGGCAUAAGUACCUAUAUAGGACUUUGAGAGUAGGAUAUCACUACAUUGGAAGUAUGAGGUGCCACACACAGAAGUGUAGGGUAGUACAGUCAGCCUGAGCCCGUGACUUAUUCCCCACAAAUCCACUAAAAGUAAUGGACUUUCAAUGAUUGUCUCCUAUGAUGAUCACUUUCCAUAACAGUUGCAUUCCAAGUCAAAUGAACAAGGCCUUGUAUUCUUUUGUGGUUUACUACUAGAACUAAACCAUGUUCUUUUUUUCUUUAUAUAAUCAAGUAUGCACACUGUCUUAGUAGCUAGUCUUACAAGAUUUCUUUUAAGACACAGGGACUUCUAAUAAGGAUUAUUAAUGGAAUCUUACGAAUGGUGUUUUUUUAUGAUACCCAGGUACUUAGCCAUAUAUUUUUCUGUGCUCCAUAUGAGAUACUGUUCUGUCAUCGCAACUGAUGAGAUGCUGGCCCUCCCCAAAUCACCAUUUAUAAUCAUUGGGUUUUCAGAAGCUCUUGGAGUUGUUUCUGGGAUGUAUUCAGGAGGUAUCAUCUAUUAUACUUUCAGGCAUUCGAACCUGACCAAUAUAAUUAAAAUGAGAUUGCAAAGCUAAAUCAGAAAUCAUGUCCAUUUGUAGGAUAUAAGGUGUUGUUCAGUAUGUUUCCUUGUUUAGAUACUGUACGAUUUACUCGUUUUUAUCUCUACUUUCAUAUGCAAGGCAAAAACUAUCCUUCAUCAGUGGGACGAGAUGUAAUUCGUUGUUUACUUUGCCUUUUAGUUUAUAUUAUACACUCCGCUCCUUGUUAUUCUAUCUCGUUCUAGUGUUAUGGUAUUCUUCAAAUCAAAUAGAUGGCACGGCACGUGUGCUGCUACAUUUGGAAUAGAAUGAAGUGAAAGAAUAGUCAAUUAUGUAAAAAAGAAGAAGAAUUUGUUUGACUGCUGUGUCUUCUACAGCUAUGCUUCCUGGACCAACUAUACCCAUAUUAGGUCAGGUAAUGCUUAUUUUGCAAAAUGUUUAAAACUUUAAAUCUGUGAUAACAUGGCACAAUGUUGGAAAAGAUGAAAUCUCAUUCAUUGAAUAAGUUUUUAUUUUUACUAUUUUUUGUUUAUUGUACUACACUUAUAUACUGACUUGACAUAAGCAUUUCAGUGGUGCAAAUAUAUAGCAUACUUGUGAAGCAUGUUAACUUGGAGUUUUCUCUUUUUGAGUUGCCUUGAGAUAAAACUUUCUGCUACACAAUUCCUCAUUAAGUCUCUAUCCUUUUCAUCAGGGGUGUUUGUUGAGCAUUGAAUUCAAUGAAAUUGUUUUCUGACCUCAAAUAGGAGGCCAUAAUUGACAUUCCAACUAAAUAGUACCUGUUGACAAUUCAUUGAGGUCCAUCCAAGUCAAUGAGAGAUUUCACAACUGUCACAGAUUCAUUAUCAGUUACUGAGUUCAGGAAAGUUUCUGUAUUAGCAAUCCAAAGGAUAAAUAUUUCCCAUAUUUCUAGUAGUGUUCAAAUUAAAUGUCCUGUUUAGAUUAUUAUAGGAAAAUGGGCUUUAAGCUGGCAUACUUCCAUUAACUCUCUAUCUGUGUGCUUUAUAUAAUCUGCUAGGGUUGACAGUUUAUACCUUCUUAAAGUGAUAUUCUCCUGUCAGGUAUCCGUACAUUUUAUAGCACACUGUUUUCUUUUAUUUCGAAUUUUGUUUAGAAAUAGAAGAAAUAGUGAAUUAAUUACAGUCCGGUCCCGGUAGUUUAUCUUAACUACUCCUACAGUUAUUGAUUGACCAAAUUCAUUUGUUGCUGUAAAGACGCUUUUGAAGAACAAUGUGAGGCUUGUCUCGUGGAUUUCCUUGAGAACUUUAUCUGAUACUUAAUUUAGUGUUUUUAGAAUCAAACUUUUACCUAGUUAUGGUUUAUGAAACAAAGCAAAUAAUGAAUCAUAGUUUCCUCAAGGUUGCUUUGUUUGGAUUGUUACUGCAGACAUUUUUGGUAUGGCAGCUGGUUUUUUGUAUUCUCCUCUUGGGGAGAAGCUAGUCUAUGAACAGACUUGCUGGAUGCUUUCUAGUAGCUUCUGGCGUGGUAUUGGCAGUUGCAAGGUCCUUCUUCUCUUCAAAAGAUAAAAAAUUGAUGCUUUCCAUAAAAUUAUAAUAAAUUGACUCCAUUUGGCAUGCCGCAAAAUUAUCACUAAUGGCUCAUCUAAUUGGGUCAGAUAGUGAUCAAAUGCUAUCUGGAGUUGGGAUUUUCUGGCCGGCAAUGAUGAUAGCUUCAAGUGCCUUUCAAGCAGUUGCAUCUAUUGUCAAGGAAUCUGUUUUACUUGAUGCUACACCCCGCCUGAAGGGAAAAUUGCUGGACAUCUUUGUUGUGAAUUCCUUUGGAUCCAGGUUUCAGGCUCUUUUUGUGCUCCUCUUUCUUCCAUUAUUGUCAAAUUUGAAAGGCAUACCAUUAACUGAACUCCCCUCAUACUUGAAAAGUGGCGCCGCUUGCUUCUUCAAUGUUGGAACCAACACCACAGGCUGUGAUGGAGCCCCAAUUCUAUCCCUCCUUUACAUAAUUGUCAAUAUAGUUUUCAACAUAUCCGUACUCAAUCUUUUAAAAUAUUCAUCUGCUAUCGUUUCUUCUCUUGCUGUGAUGUCAUCAGUGCCUAUUUCGAUUUAUAUCCUUUCCCUUCCAUUGUCAUAUCUCCCGGAAGGUGCAAUCUUGAGCCCCUAUUUUGUCUUGGGCAGUGUGAUUCUCAUGGUUGGGCUCGUCCUUUACAACAUAUCGUGGCCUCUCAAGCAAGACUAAGAUUUUGUAACAAGGACUUCCAGUACUUGAGGUCAAUUGGACUCUGCAGUUCAUUCUUUAUUCUGUCUACGUGCUUUCUUGCGUGGUCUAAUGGGUAUUUUUGUGAUGGGAUUAUUUGAUCGCUGAUACCUAACGCAUUUUGAAGUUCAAUAAUGAGACCACAAUUUUGUGUAUUGCACUAUGAUUCCCUUACUACAGACUGAAUCAAUUAACGAAUUUUCCCCUGAAGAUAUCCACUCUUUGAGUUUAUAGC